AUGUGGAUCGAGAUGAUCAACUGUAUUUUUUGCCGUCAGAGAAAACAAGGUAUUUCACAAUCACGAGCAUCCACGUCAUCCGCUACCACGACGUCUUCCAUCUUCACACCGGCGUUCGCCUUGAAUCACCAGCACCAACCCAACAAUGCCACGACAUCUGCCUCAACGUCUUCCGAAGUUAUGGUGCCACCAGCAUCAGCCCCGCCCAGAAUUUCAAUAUAUCACAAAAUGGUGAAGAGCAAAUCCAAGUUCCGGCAAUGUGAUGUUUGUGAGCGAUUCUUCAUUUUUGAUUUUGUGCGCAGACAGCAGUUGGAUGAUGUGUUUGCAUGUAAUGUGUGUGGAAUACGUGUACACGAAGGAUGCUUGGAACGGCUGAAAAAUGAUUGCAAGAUGACGAAACAAAUAAUGGGCGGAAUACUGGAGAAUGCAGUCAUUCAAAGUAAUAAAAAACAAUGGGAAGAACCGACACCAGCACCAACUCCACCGCGACCAACAUUAUCACUACAACAAGUAUUAGUUACUUCCCCAACUGAUUCAUCCCUUGCAACCACAUCAAACACUUCUCCAAAUGAUUUUAACUAUGAAAGAAAUGUACAUACUAAUAACACAAAUCCAAUGAUGACAAUGACAGCAUCAACACUAGAUGACAUUGCAACAAUAUAUUCGGAAAAUUUGGAUUCAGAGAAUACAGAUUACGAGCGAGAUUUGAUGCAAUGGAGAGAUAUUACCAUUCAAUUAUCAGAUGUUCAUAUUAAAACCAGAAUUGGUGAUGGUAGAUUUGGAACUGUUCAUUUGGCAGAAUACCAUGGCGAUGCAGCCGUCAAGUUCGUAAAUAUGAGCUAUUUGAAAGAUGUAGAUAGAAAAAUUGAAGUGUUCACACAGGAAAUUGUGAGUGCUUACAAGAACUCUCGUCACGAUCACAUUGCUUUGUUUUAUGGAUACGUGGCCGAUCUCCCGACGAAUACAUAUGCAAUUGUGACGAACUUUUAUCACAACAAAACCCUGUAUCAUCUUAUUCAUGAACAAACUUCUGACGACUUCGAUCAAUCAUGGAUAUUCCAAGUUUCACUUCAAAUCUGUCAAGCAAUGUCAUAUUUACACAAAAAGAAGAUUCUCCACAGGGAUCUACGAUCUAAAAAUAUUCUUCUGGAUAAUCCAAAUCGGGUCGUCGUUGCUGAUUUUGCUCUGAUGAAGUUGGAGAGACUGUCCAAUCCAAAAAGAGAUUAUACUCUCUGCAUUCCACAACAUUGGCUAGAUUAUUUAGCUCCAGAAGUUGCUGGAAAUUUGAUGUUGGAUUGGAGAGGAGACGUAAUGUUUGAGCAUGAGCUGCUAUUCACGUCAGAGUCGGAUGUAUAUUCAUUCGGUACAAUCUUCUUCGAACUUCUAUUGCGUAAAAUGCCAACAGGAUGCGAUUCAUGGGAACAGAAGCUAUACGCAAAGAUGUGUGGACAGAAGGCAGCACUUCAACGACUUGAUACACAACUACAAAAAGUUGAUUCCAAAUUCCAUGAUCUCCUAAUGAGUUGCUGGUCAAAUCAUCCUGAAAAACGACCCACUUUUACCCAUAUUGUCAAAAGAAUAACUUCUAUGAUGCCUCGUAAGGAAUCGAAUAAACAGAAGCGUCGAAGUACCGCUCACGAAAAUCCAUUGUUUUAG